AUGGAGAAAGACGAUCUUGACGACUACGAAGUCAUGUGGACACCUACAUCAGCUGACAUAGAGGUAAUCAAUUAUGAUGACCAGAAACUCGCAAAACAAGUGUAUGAUCUGCUGUCAGAAGACGAAGUAACAGUUCAGCCGAGUCCCCAAAAGCCAACUGAACCCCCUGCAAGUCUGGAUGUCACCCCAACCCAUUUCAUCCCCACCCUCUCUGGUACCCACGAAGGAUUCCCCUUGUCCGACAUCGGAGGUUCGGUGGCUAUCCUCUACACCGACCUUAUGCGCCGCUUUAUCCGCACAGGCGGAACCAUCCCUGGCGAUGGCCUAUGCACCGACGCCGUCAUAUGGCACCCCCCAGUCUUUGAAGAUUUCGAAAAGCCAAUGCAUCUGGAGCCUAAGACUGACAUGGUGUCACCGGUCAGUGGAGAAAUGAACGAAGAUAUCGGUAAGAUGACUGAUUUUUCAUUAUACGAGGACUGA